GUUAGAACGUCGAUCGACUCCGGUAAUGCAUAACAAGAGUGGAAAUAAUAGAAAUAGUAGAGCUUCGUAUAGUUGUUUGAUUCAACGUGGAUUACUGUGCGGGACGGCUUUAUGAAACACAAUGUCUCGCUCAAUACUACCAAUCCUUUUCACGUGUUAAUUUGAAUACGUGCUAAUUGGAAUAUCAGAAUAAACAAACGUUGAGCAAUCGAUACGAAAAUUUACAAGGAAUCUAGCCCGCGAGAAAGAAGAUAACUAUUUGAAUUUUGGUCGGAAUUGUCGAUGAUGUUAAUCGUGUAAUUCAUGUAAAGAAGAAAAUAAAACUCUCAAAGAUGAAAAUAUUUGCGGCUCCGGAAUGCCUGUCCGACGCGGUAGCGCCGCUUGUGACUAUGAACUACCUAGCAGGACUUCGGAUUUUCAAGUAUCCUCGUGGAAAACUACGCAUCGUUCUCAGCCUGAUCUACCUUCUGCUCCUAUCCAGCAUCUUCUGCGUAUCCAUGUAUAUGGAAUAUAAAUUCUACAAACAAAUGACCCUACUGAAGCUAGAGCACAUCUUGUAUGAGUUCGUAUUAUAUAUAUGUGCUUUCGUCACACUGUACGAAAUGGUUCUUGGUUAUUUUUACACGAAGACAAUCAACGCAUGUUAUCAAAAAAUCACCAAAAUCGACGAAACGUUGCGACAACUUGGAUCAACGUUUAACUACAGCGAAAUGUACUUUUUGUCAAUCGGAGCUGUAAUAAUCUGGUUUCUGUAUAUCCUCUGCUCAGUUAUCGUAGUAACGGUAGAGAUGAGGAAGUCUGUGGCAGAUGUGUCAACCAUGAUAUGGAUAAUUAUAGCAGACGUGCAUACAUUCAACAUCGGUCUCGUCCUAAUUUUCGAAUUUUCAAUAUUCGUGAGAUGUCUGCAAACGAGAUUCAAAUUAGUUAAUGAACUUCUGAAAGAAAGCGUGUCGACGGCGAAAAAGAAAAAAUCUCUGGAUAUCUCUGUUACGGAGGAUCAUACCAAAAUCAUGGAUAGCGAGCAAAGCCAGAACAUUCUUUCUACAGAGGUGUCAUCUCAGUUGAAUCUGCAGUCUCGAAUACGAACUUCUAUAUUGAGAAAACGUAAUCUCGUUAGAUCGAGGACUCGGUCUGCUCUGUCGUCCCAAUUCCAAAAGCAAUUGCAAAUGGAACUUCAGAAUCAAUCCAAUAACCAAUUCAGAGAUUCAAGUUCAGUCCAAAGAUCAGUUACGGCCGCACAAUACCAGACAAACAUACACUUAUUGCAAACGAUCAGGCAGGUGCAUCUGGAACUGUGUAGGGUACUAAAGAGUCUGUGCAUCAGCUUUGGCGUACAGAUCGCUUCGGAAAUCGGAAUCUGCAUCAUUUAUUUCACUCUAUUUUUAUAUGAAUUAUACAACAAUAUCUAUCAGUGGCGAGUAGCUACAAAGGGCAGCCUAAUAGAUCAAAUAUCUGGUCAGAUAAUAGUAGCAAGCGAUUACGUACUAGAAAUCGUUCUCGUAAGCAUCGUUUGCAAGCAUGCGGCCAACGAGGGAAAAAAGACCAGCGCGAUCAUCCAAGAGAUUUACGGAUGUUGCCCGGAUAUCGAUAUACGAGAAGAGAUUCAACAGUUUAAUAUUCAGAUAGCACAGAGCCCGGUGGAGUUUUUCACGUUUGGUAUCUCCUUAAAUUACCAGCUUCUUGGCUCGUGUCUGAAAACUGUAACGACUUAUCUGGUUAUCAUGAUACAGAUGAGCGACUCUCUGGAGUCAAGAAAAACAUUUGAAAGACAAAGAGCCAUUAAGGAAUUUUAGAUAUUUGGAAAUAACUGUGUUUUGGCAUCUUCCUGUGUAUUAAACGAUUACAGUCGAAUAAAGUUUAUUCAUUAAAUAUUAUUUAGAUAUCCCAACGAUCAAGGAAGAGAUCAAGUGGUGUUGCCUUAGAUACAAGGAUCGAUUAGAAUCACACCCCAACGCUCUGACGAAGAUUCUAAGAGAAGAAAGAACAAUUUUCCAUCGAUUGAAAAGAAAAGGCUUAGCAAGAUCUUGCAUAACUAGUCAUUACUCUUAGAGUAGUACCAAUGGACACACCUUAAAAUUUCACAUUUAUUUAUUUUAUCUCAUUAUUAACGUAAACUUGA